GAGCUCUAGUCUAGAACACUGGAACCAAAGAUACUCCCCUUUCAUCUGUUCUGGAACCUUCAGUACCAGCUGAUGAGGAGUGAUGGGAAUGGGUCACAUUUUGUCUCUUGUAAAACAUGUAGGUCCACUCCUCAAAUAAAUAAAUGUAACUACAGUAUUCUGACUUUAGACCAUUUUCUAUUUAGAUACAGUAACAUCCCUUAUGUGACAUGCUGUUCCUGCAUGUUAAUGCCCUGACUAGGCUACUUUAAAAUGUGUCAACCACAGAACUCACUUAGGCUACGCCUGCUUCUACUAACACUUACAGUAGACUACUUCUUGUUUCCACGCAGUGACAGUAAGUUGACUAACUGUUCAAGACCUCUCCCCUUCACUUCACUCUACUGCAGGGUGAGAGAUGCAACAAUGGCCUUGAGAACAGCAGGAAGUGUGUUGGUGGUCUUUCUCUGGUCUGUAGCAGUGGUACUGAGUCAGAAUGGCUGGAGUGUUACAUACACCACUCAGAGUAUCUGUACCUUGAAGGGGUCAACAGUGGAGAUGUCCUGCUCUUACACAUAUCCCAGAGGUAAAGUCACAACAACACUCUGGUUCACUAAAUGGGGGACUGGUGUAGAACCUGAAGAUCUAGGUCAGGACCCAGAGUAUGCAGGUCGUCUGGUGUAUCAAGGAGAUAAGAAGAGAGACUGUACCCUGAGAAUCACAGACCUGAGAGAGAGAGACUCAGCUACGUACAGGUUCAGAUUUAUAACAGAUCAGACCGGAGGGAAAUAUUCUGGAAGUCCUGGAGUCACUCUGUCUGUAACAGCUCUGCAGGUGAAGGUGACUUAUUCAAGCUGGCAAAAUCAGGUGACAAUUACCUGUAUCACCACCUGUACUCUGAGUAACCCCAACCCCACCUACAUCUGGUAUAAGAACGGACAACGUCUAGAUGAGAGCACCUCCCCCCAGUACAAAUACUCAGACUACACUAACAGUAAAGACAGCUACUCCUGUGCUGUAAAAGGCCAUGAGGCUCUCCACUCUCCUGCAGUGUGUGUUCAGGGUCAGAGCUGCAACAGAGUGACUUACACCAAGAGGAGAAUCUGUGUCUUGAAGGGGUCAACAGUGGACAUAUCCUGUACUGUUGGUUAUUAUUCCACCACAUCAGUCUGGUUUAGUCCUAAACAGAGUGACAGGUGGAGGGACAAGUCGACCCCUGAGGACCUAACCAGAGACCCAGGAUAUGCAGGUCGUGUGAAGUACCCUGACAAAGAGACACGGAGAAACGAAGGUCCCUCCACCCUGAGAAUCUCAGAUCUGAGAGAGGACGACUCAGCUGAGUAUCGCUUCACUUUUAAAACAGAAGACUUUGAAUGGGGUCAUAGUUUCCCAGGAACAACUCUGUCUGUCACAGGUCUGCAGGUGAAGGUGACUCCUGCUGCAGAGGGACAGAAGACACUGACCUGUAGCACCACCUGUACUCUGACUGACAACCCCACCUACAUCUGGUACAAGAACGGACAACAUCUAGAUGAGAGCACCUCCCCCCAGUACAAAGACUCAGUCUCCAGUAACUAUGAAGACAGUUACUCCUGUGCUGUAAAAGGCCAUGAGGAUCUCCUCUCUCCUGCAGUGUGUGUCCAGGGUAAGGACUGCAACAGAGUGACUUACACCAAGAGGAGAAUCUGUGCCUUGAAAGGGUCAACAGUGGAUAUAUCCUGUCAGAAGUGUUGGAGUGUGACUUACACCCAUCAGAAGAUCUGUGCCUUGAAGGGGACAACAGUGGACAUAUCCUGCUCUUACACAUAUCCCAGUAAUCAUGAGAUCAAACAAGCUUUCUGGUUUACUAAAUGGUCUGGUAUGGAGGCUGAAGAUCUGAGCUCAGUGCCAGGGUAUGAGGGUCAUAUAGAGUACCUUGGGGAUAAGGAGAGUGACUGUACCCUGAGAAUCACAGACCUGAGAUUGAGUGACUCUGCAGGGUACAUGUUCAGAUUCAUAACAUCUGGAGGAAAGUUUCAUGGCACACCUGUCUCUCUGACUGUCACAGAUGUUGUGUUGGAGAUGGAUCCUACAUCUGUGUCAGAGGGGGAGAGAGUCACACUGAGAUGUAGAACCAACUGUACACUGGACCCCAUCACAGCCUACAGUUGGUAUAAGAAUGGACAGUCUAUACCAAACAGCAACACAUCCUCUCCUGUCUAUAUCCUGUUCUCAGUCAGCAGUGAGGAUACAGGCAGAUACUCCUGUUCUGUAGAAGGACAUGAGGAUCUCCCCUCUGAUGAAGAGACUCUCACUGUCACAUAUGGACCAAGGAACACCUCAGUGUCAGUCAGUCCCUCUGGUGAAAUAGUGGAGGGCAGUUCAGUGACUCUGACCUGCAGCAGUGAUGCCAACCCACCUGUGGACAAAUACACCUGGUACAAGAAGAACGUAACCUCACCAAAAGCAUCAGGACAGAGUUACAACAUCACUAACAUCAUCUCUGAGGACAGAGGAGAAUAUUACUGUGAGGCCCAGAAUGGAAGAGGAUCUAUGAACUCUACAGCUCUGAUGAUCAUUGUAGCAGGGAAACAAACCUCAGUUGUGACUGCAGCUGUAGGAAUCAUAGUGGUUGUUCUGGUUCUCAUCCUCUGUCUCUCUGGACUCAUGUUGUUCAGGAAGAAGGCCUCCAAACCCAUCAACACAAGAGACACAGCAGAUGAUGGACAGGGAGACUCUAGUCCAGUGUAUGACAACAUCUCAGACAUGGCCAUGAACUCUACUGCAGCACAGACAGAGUCCACAUACGACCAGGAUGAUGUUCACUACGCCAGUGUCCACUUCUCUGGCUCCAAAAACCAGGAAGUGCCUCUGUACUCCACCGUCCAAGUGCCUCAGCCCCAGAAAGAGGAUGAGGAUGUCCAGUACGCUGCUCUGAAUUUCAACCUCCCCAGUGCUGCCACCUGACCCUCAGCAACACAAGCAGCUGAGGAGGACUCCUCUGUUCUCUACAGUACAGUCAACAAACCCUGAACCAAGAAGACCUGAACACAACAAACCCAGAACCAAGAAGACCUGAACACAACAAACCCAGAACCAAGAAGACCUGAACACAACAAAC